AUGGCGCUGGGGGUCCGGGUUGUCCGGGACGGAACUUCUGUAGGGGAUUUGGCGAGGUUUGCAUAUAAGAUGGGCUAUGUACCCAAGGGGGGUGGGAAAAAACCCUCCCAGGUUGGGGCUGCAGAAGCUAUUGCGAGAUUAACAGGGGAAGAGGCAAAUACCUUUUUUAGUUUAUUGGACUGGAGCGUAUUGGGCCGGCUAUGGGCCCUUCUUACUUGCGAUGAGCAGAAGUUUUUUCAGGAGACUUAUUCCCUGACAACUGAGGAACAGGAGUCCAGGUGGCAAGUGGCUGUUGACAGCCAUUGCCAUUUGGACAGAUGGUCUAUCAAAGUGGGGGUGAGCCUGGAUGGCAAUAUAUUGACCCAUCUUAAGGACCACUCCCCUUUGGUAGAAGUAGAGGUUAAUGUGAAGGCUAUGGUUACCAAUUUUUGUGACCCCCCCACCUACCCUGAUGUUUCACUACUGAAAACACUAUCCUCCUUGCGGUGUUUUCCCACCAUUGGUUUACACCCUAAGGGGGCCUCCAGGUAUAGAGACACCGACAUAAAUCAGUUCGCCAAAUUACUUGGCAGGCCCGAGGUAGUGGGGUUUGGGGAGGUGGGUUUGGAUCACUCUGUGCCCUAUACAGAAUGGUUGGGGCAGUCCAUUCUACUAAGGCGUGUCCUUGGCUUUCUGGAAGAACGGCAUGUUUUGAUCCUUCACUGUAGGGGGUCAAAGGGAGAUCAGGAUGGCAGGGAAGUUAAUAUGCGCCUCCUAUCAAUACUUCAUGGAUUAAUUAGUCCCAAUCAGCGAAUCCACCUGCAUUGUUUCCGUGGAGACCUGGAAAUGUUCCGGGCCUUCACGGAUUCAUUCCCAAAUACUUAUGUUGGGUAUACCCACAAAACUAGUGAUUUGUCACCAGCAGCGCUACUAGCAUUGCGCACAAUACCCUCAGAGCGAUUGCUUGUGGAAACAGAUGCUCCUUAUUUUGUCAACCCUACCAUUGGUCCUUUUUCUUCACCGAAUGUGGUGGGGCUGGCAGCUAGGAAUGUGGGAAUGAUAAGGGGCGAAAGCACAAGGGAUGUGCUCACAGCCACUGUGUCAAACUUUGAAGAUUUGUACCGCCUUAAGUUAUAA